AUGGGUUGGGGAGCACAACAUAUACAACAACAACAACAGCAACAACAUCAGCAGCAACAAGCUCAACAACAGCUUCAGCAACAAUUGAAACAUAAAUCACCAACGUCGUCAUCGUCAUCGGCGGCUGCUGCACAUCUUCAACAACAGCAUCAACAGCAAAACGCAGCCGCGGUCGCUGCAGCUAUGCAUGCACCCCUUAGCACACAUGCAGCUCCGUUGGCGCCACCACCACCUCAUCCUCACACGCACCCGCAUUCGCUUGAUAUGUUGUACUCCCAAAACCGCCAACAACAGCAACAACUCCAUCACUAUCACCAACACGCACAACAACAACAGCAACAACCGCUUUACCAACAGAGCAGCGUAGGCAGUAACAGCAGCACUGCUAGCCAUGAUCACGGCUUUGGUUCUAAAGACGCUGGCAACAAUUCAUCAACAACAAAAAACAAUGGCAACGCUUCCAGUGGUGGCAGUAGUAGUAGCUCGUCACGACAUUCUUCGGCAACUUCCAAUACUGCUGCGCAACAGUUGGCUGCUGCAGCCGCAGCAGAAAGUGCAGCCGCUUAUAACUUCCUGUGUGGUUCUGCUGCAGCAGCCGCUGCCGCCGCCGCCACAAUGCUAAGUCCACCAUUAAGCGCCAACUCUACAUUAGCCGCCGUCAAUCCCUUCGCCAACCCAUUUGAUUGGCUAGGCGCAAGCACUGCCACGGUGGACAAACAAAUACGCCCUACUCCAGCUGAAAAGCAGGCGCGUCCGGUUGAUGCCAGCCGCUAUAAUAGAGCUUCUCAACAACAGCAAACGCAGCAGCAACAAAACAACAGUGCGUCAGCUGCAACGCCAACAUCAACUUCGGCAGUAGCAGCGGCUGCAGCAGCUGCAAAUGAUUUUAUGUCUCUCUUUAGCGCCGCAGCUGCUGCUGCUGCGGCUGGUGAACACGCCAGUUCACAUCGUAGUUCUUCGAAUGCGUCUGCUGCGUCGGUGGCAAGCUCGACAUCAUCUACAGCGGCGGCGAAUGCGAGCAGUAACGCGCAUAAACUUACCGCAGCUGCGGCGGCAUCGUCAGCUGCAUUGGCUGCAGCCCAUGCGUCGUCUUUAUUCUCUCCCCCUACGGUUGCAGCGGCCAAUGCAUAUCAUUUACAGCCGCCAAGUGCGGCAGUUGCUGCAGCCGCAGCGGCCGCCGGCACACAUGGUCUGCCCUCGCCGACAAUAUAUCCGCCAACACCACCACCGUCAACACCCUGGAUACAUCCAUGGUACGCGGGGGGCGAGACGUUUUGAAAUUGACGCGGACAUGCGAUCUAAAUAGAAUCCUAAACACUGAACAUAAACGACGGAACACCCUGUGUUAAAGGUGGUGAGCGUAAGUGUGCGUUGGUGUUGUUUCAAAAUUAACCAACGAAUUAAUUUGUUGCCUACUUUUCAAAGUUGUUCUACAAAUUGUUUUAUGUUGUGUUUUGUACAUUGACACGUUAUCGAAUAUAUUCGCUUCAUAUUGAAAGUGAUCAUAAUUUAGACUAAUUUUUGUAUACCAAUAGUUUCGAUAUUUAACUUAAAUAAUUAGUUGAUACCCUAAUACCCUGUAUAGUAAAAUUGAAAACUAUACAUACAUUAAGUUAUUUUAAAAAUUAAAAGUGAAGUAUGAGCAUAAACUUCAAAAAUUAUAUAAAUGUACAUCUCCCCAUAGACCAUGCAAAAAUUUUUGUUGUGUAAAAAAAGAACUGAAUGCAAAUUUAGUAAUAAAAAAUAAAUACGUGAACUGCAAUGGGUACUAACUGAAACUGGAAUGUUUAUGAUUAUUUGAAAAAUAAUUACAAAAAAAAAAAAAGAAAAUAAAUUAAAUAAUCAGAAUUGAACCUAGAACCUAGAAGGUACACUAUAGUUUCGUAAGAUUGACUGUAUAAAUAGCGCAUAGCACCAAAAUUAAUCAUCUAAGCUAGAACAUAAACGUGGAAACUACUGAAAGCGAUUACUAACGGCAACUAGUAAUAACUAUUUAAUUAAAUAAGAUAUUUUCUAGUUGUUAAGACCAAACUAUGUCAGAAAUCAAAUUUCGUUUCAUACAUAAAGAAAAGAGCAAAAUUAAUAUUAGCUAUGUAGAUGUAGAUAUGUAUUUGUCUAUUAAAACAAUUCUUUAAUUUAUAGUGGAAAACACCUACUUAUAAACAAAGUGAACAAAAAAUCUAA